AUCAUAUUUCAUUUUCAACGUUUUCUUUUCACGGUAGGCCCUGAUGAUACCAUUAUAUUUCCGUAAACUACGCUACUUCAAAUCGCUUGGCACUACUUUUGCGCGUGCGCAAAAAAAAUGCGUCCUCGUUCGCAACGACAGAGCCGCGCUGGCGUAUUUACAAGGCUGCGGCCGUCGCGCCGUGGGGAGUUUGACGAUCCUGCCGUAGUGGCGCGACAGUCGGUCCGCAUACCGCGCAUUCCGGCGUAAUGCCCGAGCGCACGCGGGUAUGUGAGGGUGAGGGCGUAAGGCGGGCAGAGGCGCGGGUGAAAGAGGGCUGGAGUGGGGAGGGAUGAGGACGAAUAGCAGAGGCUGCCUGUCGUGUCAAACGGGCCGUGCCGCGCGCGCGCGUCCACCCGCCCGCAUACCAUUAGAUUUUCGUGGUUUUCAAUGGGUACGGGUAACCGGCCGCAGCACGACGCGCCGACGACGUGAAGUGCCGUACGAUCUCGACAUCGCGUUCAUCCGAGUGUCAGAGCGCGCGGUGACGGUGAACUCCGGACUCCGGUGGGGCAAGAACGCAAGAAGUCAAGAACUGUCGCCGCGUGAAACUUGCGUAUUUUUCGCAGGUGCUGCGCACAGUCGCGGGGCUACGCGGAGCGACAUCGGGGAGCGACGAGCCACGGAGGAGAGAUCGAAGGUGACGAAUCUGCAUCGAAAACCAAGUAGUGCUUGGCGUAAGGACCGUAGGAGAGAUCCGAUUCAGAGCGAAGCGUUGGACAUGUCGAGAACAAAUAAUCACCACAACAGACCGAGCGUGAUCGUUCCUACGACGCAAGUUGGUAUCACAAUCGAAGCCGUGGUAGACGUCGAUGUCAUAGUCCGAAAUCUUACCUAUAUUGAAUUUUUUUGUCAAUGGCUUUGCGUUUUGGCUCCAAAGCUCAAAUUGGAUAGGCCUGAAUUAGAGGAUAAAUAAAAGAAAUAAACGCACACGUCAGGAUUUUAUAAAAAUGCAGGAUCUUCAAAUUGGAUUUUCGUAUUGAUUUCGACAUUUCGGGAAAAAGCAUAUAAGCAAAUAAUUAAAAAAUGAUAAACUAAGAAAUCAUUAAGUAUAGCAGUUCGGAUAUUAAGUUACAUCUUUUACAAAUGAACUUCAAAUCUGGCUUUAUUCAUUCAUAAUUAAAAUCCGGAUUAUAAUUUUUCUUAUAUCCGACUUAUAUAUGUUUCUUUAUUCGAUUUAUAUAUUUUUUCUUUCUUAUUAAGUGUCUUGUAAAAUUCGUAAUCAUACACUUAUACACUUUUUCCAUCUAAAUUUUUUCGUAGACAUUUUGUUUUAAUUGGUACGUACUGCGUUGUAUAAGGAGGGUAUCAAGUGUCCUUGAUCUUCUCGCUUUUCAACUGAGUGCUCGUUGUUGUCGCUUUUUCGUCAGACACGCGUAUAAGACAUCAGGAGGAUUGGCCUGUAUUUUGUACGUUGUAUUUUAUACGGGCGAAUUUAAUAUUAUAUAUAGGCACACAUAUUCCUUUAUUAUGCCAUCGCCACAGUCAUUACCGUAUAGUUCCGAGUUGUGUAUGAAUAUAAAGUUAUUUAUUAUAAUGUUUCAUACUUCCUCGCAAAGUAUAGUAUGUUUAUACUUAUAUAUGUGUAUGUAAUAUUUACUUAUUGUUAGUAAGCGUAUAACAUUACACUCGUGGAAAAUAAUGAUACAGUCCCUCCUAAUACAAGUUUCAAUAAAGUGUCAGCUAUUUUUUUUUUUAUUCGAUCAUAUAUAAUACAAUUCGUCAACUGAAUGCUCGAUCGCAUAUCGUGAAAUUUUCUCUUUUAAUUAAAUUGAGCGGAGCUAUUAAUUACUAAUAAAUUUGACAAUUAAAAAUAGUAAUUUAUUAUUGUAAUUGUUGCUUUGUCUCAUUGCAUCUUAAUCCUGGUUUUUUUGUUACUAGUAGGCUUUGUAACAGCAGUUUGCUGAUGUCUAACCUUUUGCAAGCUAUUAUAGUCUAAUGUAUUAUAUUUUAUGUCUGUUAUUCUGUUAACAUGUAGUCUUUUUAUAGAGCUUAGCAAUAAAGUAAAUUAAACUAAAUUAAAUUAAUUUAUACAAUAUCUGUUGUGUAUUUAAUUAUAUUCACAAAGCAGAAGCAUGUGUCGCGUGGGCAAAAUAACUUAGACAACUGUGACGCUUUUAAUUCAUCCCAACUAGGGGGGGCCGGAUCAUUGACCAUGGGUGCAUAUAUAUUAUAAUAACGACCGUUAUGCCGGAGAAAUCUCCUGGUGAGUGAGACUUACGGGAAGCGAGUAGACACAACUAUAUAAUUUAACAAAGCAGAGCACCACUUUAGUGAAUCGAAUAAAUAUCAUGUGUCACGUCUUUGAGCCACGCUUUAUUGCUCAAAGCUGUAAAGAGAAAAACAAUCGAAAAUAUGUACAGGCAAACGAUGAUUACAAUGAUGUAUGAAGAAAAUUAAAGGGAAAAGAUGUUUAAUUAUUUUCA